GUAGCUCCAAUUUGUGUUUGCAAACGGCACUGUUAUUGCUGCUUUGGUUUGAAUAUUUCUCGAUGGUCCCCCUGUCUAACUCAAUUCCUUUUGAGCUGAGAAAGUCGAUCACCCGCAGCUCAACGGAUGACUCGUCCUCCUCGCUCGGCUCCUCUUGAUGAUGUCGUUCAUUCUGGUACAGGUUACUUCACGGGUCUGACGAACGCAUCCUCUCUGUGGUUGGGCGCCAAUGUCCCCAUCAAUGACGAAGGCAGCGAGUGGACUGACGGAGCCUUGGUCACUUACGGCCACUCGACUUCAGGUUCCCCCCAGGAUAAUUGUCUCUCCUUCCUCACUGGCAACGGCAACUGGCACUACGACUCGUGCAACGAGAAGAGAGGUUACGUCUGCAAGAAGAGAGGAAAUGUAAAAGACGCUACGCCGGCUCCUGACUCCAACAAGUGCGCUCCCGGGUGGCUCGACCACGGCACCAACUGCUACAAGAAUGUGGAGGAGCCCAACGGUUGGCUGGGGGCCUGGCACCACUGCGUCCGGAUGGGCGGCGACCUGCUCUCCAUCACCUCCUCGGCCGAGGAGGACUUUGUGAAGGGCACCAUGAGCGAGGACACCCCCUUCUGGCUGGGACUCUCCAACCAGAAAUGCGACAAGUUCUGGUGUCGCUUUGAAGGCGGGAGCCAGAAGCUGACCUGGUCCGAUGGCGAGAACACGACACACACCAACUGGGCCCCAAAUCAAGGCAAAAGCGCCGACAUUGCGUCCUGCGCCUACGUCAACCAAGGGGGAAAGGGUGAGCCCGGCAAGUGGCGGUCUGGCUCCUGUUUUUCCUCGUUGGCCUACAUGUGCAAACGGCCGCUGAGCUGCCCGAAGUGUUCGCUCAAAAGUGGUCCUGCUGUAGUGAAGACCUCCGACUGCCACGAAAACACCUUCCGCUAUGGCGAUUAUUGUUAUCAUUAUGAGAAGACGGUUGAAACCUUUGACGUUGCCGAGAAAUUCUGUCUUGCCUGGGGAGGCCACCUGGCUAGCGUCCACUCCAAGAAAGAGGCCCAAUUUGUGUAUGAUCACUCUCAAACCUCACAAUCUGCUUUUGUGGGACUCAAGAAGGAGGACGACGACUACGAGUGGAGUGACGGAACAACUUACGACUACAACAUUUGGAAAGAUGGCACCAAGGGGGACUGCGCGUUCCCAAAUUCUGUUGGGGAGUUGAGUGCCAGCUCCUGCACAACGGAGCGGCCAUUUGUCUGCAAAAGAGCCAAGCACGGAGGGGUUCCACAGCUGCCACCAUUAGUCGGCCAGCCGGAAUGGACUGCCACAUGCGGCUGGUGGCUGGACGACCCAAUCAACGACUUCUGCUACCUGAUGUUCCGCCAGCCCACCAAGACUUGGAAGGAGGCGCAAGCCAACUGCCAACGCCUCCAAGGGAACCUGCUCAGCAUCACCGACCGCGAGCAGCAGGCCUUUGUGCAGGGUUACGUCGGGUCUCUGCCCUCUCUGUGGUUGGGCGCCGAUGUCUCCACCACGGAAGAUGACGCCCAAUGGACUGACAGAUCCCCGUUCACUUACAUCCACUCGAGUGCAGGUGACCCCGGAGAGGGCAAGUGUCUUUCCUUAAUCACUAAAAGCAGCGUCUGGAAGCACGCCACGUGCGAAGAGAAGAGAAGCUACGUCUGCAAGAAGAUGAAAAAAGGAGUGGAAGAACCCCAAAUUGUGCCCUCAGCCAGCAAGUGUGCUCCCGGGUGGCUGGAGCACGGCACCAACUGCUACAAGAAGAAGCUGACCUGGUCCGAUGGCGAGACAAUGGAUCACACCAACUGGGUCUCAAAUCAACUCAAAAGCCCCGACGUCGCGUCCUGCGCCUACGUCAACCAAGGGGGAAGGGGUCAGCCCGGCAUGUGGAGGCUGCCCUAA